AAGAGGCAGGCGAGUGCGAUCAGACCUCCCAGGUGUAUAUGAGUGUGUGUCGGUUUGUGUUUGCGCGCGUGUGUGUUCCAAUCACACCUGUAUGCAUCAUGUGAUCGGGGCGUGGAGCGAGUAAACCGUCUGUUUAUUCAGUAACCCAGAGCUGCAAAUCUCCUCGCGCGCGAGCUGAGAGUAGCAAGUGAACUUUCCGUGCACGGACACCGGGAAUAUUUCUCUCGUUUUGAAAAGGAAUCCGAUAUCUGGACGCUGCGGCUACUGUUCUGCCAAGGUAUAGUGAGAGAAGAGACACAAAUCUAUAGUGAGAAGAGGGGAAACAGCACCCGGAAAGCCAGACUCAAACUCGCCAUCACCACCACGCAACAUGUUGGAGCACGUACACGACCUGCCAACCCACAUCUCCAACAAUUGAGUUUUAAAUUAAUGAGCCAAGUUGCUACAAACCAUUACAACACAGAAAUGUCAGGCUGGUUAUCGGUGGUUCUACUGGUGCUACACGUGACCAUCGCUUUCUCCGAUGAGCCCAUACUAGAGUUUUCCACAGAUACACCCAUCAAUAAUGUGGUGCAGGACCCUUACACGGGUCGUGUUUACCUGGGUGCGGUCAAUGCCAUUUAUCAGUUGGACUCUUCUCUACACCUGGAGGCCAGGGCUGAAACAGGGCCAAAGAGGGAUGCUAAGGGUUGUACACCACCCGUGUCUACUUGUCAGGACCUUAAAGACACUAAUAACACCAAUAAACUCUUGCUGGUUCAUUCGGCUAAUGGAUCAUUGAUAGUUUGCGGGAGUUUAUACCGAGGAAUCUGCUCUCUGCUAAACCUCACCAAUGUCAAAGAACAGAUAUACUACAGCGACAGUAAAGGCGAGCGGACCUACGCCGCUAGUAUCGAGGAACACGUUUCAGUGGUUGGUGUUAUGGCCACACUUGAAAUCGAUGAUAAACCAUUCAGCGUCUUUUUGGUCGGGAAGGGCUACGGAAGCAUGGACAGCUCAAAACUCAUCAGCACCAGAAUCGUGCAGAAUUAUCGCGAAUGGGUUGUGUUCGAAAGCAUAAUUGAGGCGUCGACUGUCCAAGCUGUCCCCUUUUUACCCAAGUACCUACACGAUUUCCGUUUCGCGUUCAAAAACGAAGAGUACAUUUACUUUGUCUUUUCGCGCACUCUUGGCGGAACGGACAAUAAAAACUUUACCUUCGUUUCUCGUCUCUGUGAGAACGACAAUCACUAUUAUUCAUAUACGGAACUUCAGCUUAACUGUGGCACAAACAAUCGCUACCAUAAAGUCCAGGCUGCUUAUGUCAGCGAGCCGGGGAAAGAGCUGGCCCACGCCAUGUCCAACUCAGGAGAGUACGGAAAUGUUCUGGCCUGGGAUAAAGUCUUGUUUGUGGUCGCUAACUCAGAAGAGGGGGCUACAGAGUCGGCUCUGUGUAUGUACCCCCUUAAAAACAUCAACCAGAAACUAUUGGCCAUCGUUAGCGCUUGUUACACGGACAACGGCAAGAUUGAUGGCAAAUUAGUUGUGGAGAGUCCUUACACGUCCAGCACCAACGAUCCAUGUGUCAAACAUGGCAAAGACAUUGUGUACCAAUAUAAGUGUGGAGCCGAUUUUCUGCCAUCUCCAUUGGCCAGCCGGCAGGAGUUUGCCUUGAGGGCCAAUCCUGUCUUCAUCAGGCAGAACCUGUUGACCGCAGUGGCUGUAGCUGUGGAGAAUGACCACACCAUUGCGUUUCUGGGACACAGUGCAGGAGAGGUGAUCAAGGUACAUUUGUCAAGUCAUCCAGAGGCGUACAACCCCGGACCCGGCUACAAAACCAGCGGCUAUGUAAACAAGAACCUUUUCUUUGACAAAACCCAGGCGCAAUUGUACAUCACCACUGAGAAAAAGAUCACUAAGGUGCCUGUUCAGGCCUGCCAUCUGAAGAUAGACUGCCAGUCGUGUGUGGCACAGAAAGAUCCAUAUUGUGGCUGGUGUGUCCUGGAGGGAAGAUGUACCAGGAGAUCGGAGUGCAGCCGUGCAGAGGAAAAGAAUGGUUGGCUGUGGAGUCCAAGCCAACAGUGUGUGAAAAUCAUAUCUUUCCGCCCGCCGAAUCUCAGCUGCUUGAAGUCCCAGCAGGUCGAUAUAAACGUCCGAGCUCUGCCGAUCCUCAGAGAUUCCGACCGUAUCAACUGCGUCUUCGGCUCUUAUCACAGUAACGCCAGGAUGGUGGAUGGACAAGUCAGUUGCCGCUUACCUGAGCAGCAUCUCAUACCGCCCACACCUGAGCAACAAGAUUCCGUGGCCGUCCCGGUCAAGAUCUUCGUGAACGGCAGCGUGGAGGUCGCGUCCAGUGAAUACAAGUUCUACAACUGCGCAGCUGCGGUCCGCAAAGCAGAAAAUACGCCUUGCACUUCCUGUGUAAGCAGCACUUGGGGAUGCCAGUGGAACAUUGCGGCCCACACCUGCACAGAUUUAAAUGAUGCAGAAACCGGGGCCAAUAUAAUCAAACACAGACAGGUCAAGAGCUGCCCACGGUUCGAGAAUCCGGAUCCAGUCCUUAUUCCGGUCGGAUACAAAACACGAAUCAGUUUCGAGGGCAUUAAUUUGGACCCAUACAAGGGCCGCGAUUUCACCAUCGGAACAGAGCUGAUGAAGUUUGAGGAAGAUGUGAAGACAGAACCGGGGCCCUUCUACUCUUUUAGUGGAUAUGAGUUUUCCUUUGAUAAAGCUCACGAGACCAGCGUUCUGUUCCACGUACGGGAUAAAUAUACCAGAAAGAAGAUAGACAGCAGUCUUAAUGUCACUCUUUAUGACUGCUCUCUGGGACGUGAAGACUGCAGCCUGUGUAAAAACGCUGACCUCAAAUACCAGUGUGUUUGGUGCAAACAGACCAGCUCCUGUGUGUACGACCAGCUCUGUGCUUCUAAAGAGCCAGUGGAAUGUCCCGACCCUCAGAUCACUGACAUCAUGCCGAGAUACGGGCCACUGAAAGGGGGAAUUGCUGUCACUAUUAAGGGCUCGAACCUAGGAAUUCAGAGAGGGGACAUUAGAAACAUCACGGUAGCCGGAGUGCCGUGCAGACACCUGGGGGAACGAUACUCCGUCUCAACCAGUGUGGUGUGCGAAAUUGGUCCGGCGAAUCUUUACAAAACUGGCGAGGUGGAGAUAGAGGUGGGCAAUGGAAAAAAAGGGGUGUCCGCAAAACAUGUCCAGUUCACCUACAGGGACCCUAUAGCAAAGACUGUGUCCCCUAAUCGGGGUCCUAAAGUGGGUGGAACAGUCCUCACCAUCACCGGGAUGGGCCUGAACACAGCUUCUAAAGAAGAUCUUCACAUCACUGUGGGCGACGUGCCCUGCAGAGUUGAGAAGUUUGGAGUUCAGAUCACCUGUAAAUUGGCGGAGUAUCUGGGCGAUACGGUUCCCUCAGCUCGCCUCACCGUUAGGGUUUAUUACGGCAGAUACACCUCGACUGAUGUCCAUACAGCCUUUCAGUUCUCCAACAACCCAUCUGUGUCUGACCAUCACCCCAGGAACAGCUUCAUCUGUGGCGGCAGAAAAAUCAUGGUGGUCGGUUCUGGAUUUGACCUGGUCCAAAAGGCUACUAUCAGGGUUUUGGCAUCUGCAGGAGAAUGGUCGGGACAGACCGCCCCAGUUGAGUAUGUAGAGAGUUCGACAUCUAAAAACGACACAGUGAUCAUGUUCGUGUCACCUGCAGUCAACCAGACGUAUGAGUCUCAGUUCUUCAAGACAUAUGUUCAACUUGAUAACCUCCAAACUGAGCUGACCCCGUUUGAGUAUCACCCUGACCCUGUGUUCGAUCCGCUCAGCAAAACUGUUAUCACUGAAAACAGUAUGAUUAUCGUCACGGGUCGUGGUUUUUCUAAGGCGAUGACGGCGAAGGAGGCACAGGCGUUUGUGGGUGAUGUUCAGUGUAACGUGAACACACUGCAGGAUGAUAAAUUAUUCCUGGACCCACCCUUCACUGUACCAAGAGCUCGAUCCAAGAGACAAAGACGAGACACCAGCUCUGAACCUCUGGACCUGCUGAUAAAGUUUGGGAAUGGCGAGUGGGUGGUGGGUUCCGUUCAGUAUGAGAGGAAGUACAAUCUUCCAUUGCCCAUCAUCAUCCCAGCGGUGGUGGUUCCCAUGCUGCUGAUUAUCGCCAUCUCUGUCGUCUGCUACAGGAGGAAGAGCCAGCAGGCCGAGAGAGAGUAUGAGAAAGUCAAACAUCAGCUGGAGAAUUUGGAGGAGAGCGUUCGGGACCGCUGCAAAAAAGAGUUCACAGAUCUGAUGAUUGAAAUGGAGGACCAUACAAAUGAUCUGAGCGAAGGCAGAAUCCCGUUCCUCGACUACAAGACCUACACGGACCGGGUCUUCUUCCUACCCUCUAAAGACGGGGCCAACGAUGUCAUGAUCACCGGCAAACUGGAUAUACCAGAAUCCCGCAGGGCUACAGUCACACAAGCGCUAAACCAGUUCUCCAAUCUGCUCAACAGCAAAACCUUCCUCAUCAAUUUUAUCAGAACGCUUGAGGGACGUCCGGAUUUUAAUGCCAGAGCCAAAGUGUAUUUUGCGUCUCUGCUUACCAUAGCGCUUCACGGUAAACUGGAGUAUUACACAGACAUCAUGAGGACGCUUCUGCUGGGUCUCAUGGAGGAAUACGUUCACAGCAAGAACCCUAAACUACUACUACGCAGAUCUGAAACGGUGGUGGAGAGAAUGCUGAGUAACUGGAUGUCUAUCUGUCUCUAUCAGUAUCUAAAGGACACUGCUGGAGAGCCGCUGUACAAACUCUUCAGGGCUAUUAAACACCAGAUUGAAAAAGGGCCAGUGGACGCUCAGGUCAAGAAAGCGAAAUACACACUGAACGAUACGGGCCUGCUCGGAGACGAUGUGGAGUACAGCGUACUGACGCUGCAGGUGCUGGUGCAGGGGGAGGGACCUGACAUCACGCCAGUAAAGGUGCUGAACUGUGACACCAUCUCUCAGGUGAAAGAGAAAAUUCUCGAACAGGUGUACAAAAACCUGCCAUACUCUCAGAGACCCAAAGUAGAUCGCGUUACACUAGAGUGGCGUCCCGGCUCAACAGGGCAAAUUCUGUCUGAUCUGGAUGUGACAUCACAGAAAGAGGGCAAAUGGAGACACAUCAACACACUGGCACAUUAUAAUGUACGAGAUAAUGCAACACUGGUCCUCUCCAGAGUUCAACACACACAGCAGUCAUACGACCAAAAUCAUGACAACCAUGAAGAGAGAAAUGCCCUGUUGGAGGAUGAUAAAGUUUUUCACCUGGUUCGACCGACAGACGAGCUGGAUGAGAUUAAAUCUAAGAGAGGAAGUAUAAAGGACAAAUCUAUGACUAAAGCCAUCACAGAGAUCUAUCUCACCAGACUGCUCUCCGUCAAGGGUACGCUCCAGCAAUUCGUUGACGAUUUCUUUCGUAGUGUCCUCUGUUCGGGCGCCGUGGUCCCACCGGCUGUUAAAUACUUUUUCGACUUCCUGGAUGAGCAAGCACUGAGACAUGAGAAUGUAGAUGAAGAAACCAUACACAUCUGGAAGACCAACAGUUUACCACUGCGUUUCUGGGUGAACAUACUAAAAAAUCCUCACUUUAUUUUCGAUGUGCAUGUGAGCGAGGUUGUGGAUGCCUCUCUGUCCGUCAUUGCUCAGACAUUCAUGGACGCUUGUACGAAAACAGAGCACAAACUGAGUCGGGACUCUCCCAGCAACAAAUUACUCUAUGCAAAGGAGAUCUCUACCUACAAAAGGAUGGUAGACGAGUACUAUAAAGGAGUCCGGCAGAUAGUGCCCGUCAGUGACCAGGAGAUGAACACACAUCUGGCUGAAGUGUCACGGGCACACACAGAUAAACUGAACACACAGGUGGCACUUCACCAGCUCUACCGGUAUGCCAGUAAAUACUAUGAUGAGAUCAUAAUGUCUUUGGAAGAGGACCCUGCUGCUCAGAAUAAACAGUUAACUCUGAGACUGCAACAGAUCGCCGCCGCACUCGAGAACAAAGUCACUGACCUUUAACCCUGCCGGUGGACGAGAGAGAGAGAGAGAGAGAGUGUACGAAGAGUCUGUGUGUGUAUUUACUGUAUAACUAUAAUCAGAUGUUCAAUUUCUUCCUGUGUAGAGAGAAAAAGGUUUUAAGAAUUGUAUUAUAUAUUUUUUUUAAUGUGCAGUCUCUAUUGCAGAAAGCUUUAUAAGAGGAACAUUUUUAAAUAGAUAGAGACUGCCGUGUCAAUUGUUUUUUAAGCUUCUGUGAAAGAGUGUGUGUGUGUGUGUCUGUAACAGGUUGCCUAUAUUUUCACCAAAAGGGAUCAGCCCUGUGAAAUUGGUAUGGUCCUGCGGUAUAUGUAUGCAGGGGGUGUGCCCACAGUGAGGUCAUAUCGUCCAACCAAAACAACUGAAAGUGACAUCAGAACAGUUUUUAUUUAAAUAGAUAGCAGUACACCGUGCACAGAAUUCAGUAUGCUAGUAUCCCAUUCUGAAUAUUGCCAAUAAGAUGAUCAAAGAUUCUAUUUCAUGACUUUGUUUAAAUUCAGCUAUAUGGAUCAACUACCAGACCCACAAAUAUUUAACACAGGCAAUAACAAAUAAAAAUUGGCGAUACGAGGCAUUUCAUUUUUAUGUAUGAUGGUACCUGUGAAGCCUUAGAGUUGUUAUUUCAUAAAGUUUUGUUUAAUUGUGAAAGGUUGAUACUGACUGAAUUUAUUGGUACGGGUACGGCAUAAAUUGUUGAUAUACUGAAGAAAUUUAGCUGUGUCAUAAACGUUGUUUAAGACCAAAUAAUACUUCGGUUUUCCGUGUGCCGCUACGUCUCGCACAAAGUGCGUGUGAUGCAAAUUUUGUCAUCAGCACAGGACAAAAUUAGAUCAGCUAAAAGACCCACAGAUAAUCAACGCAGGCAAUAACAAAUAAAAAAAUAGUUGUCAUAAGGCAUUUCAUUUUUUCGUAUGAGUUAUUUCAGAAAGUUUUUUUUAAUUGUGAAAGGUUCGAUACUGACUGAAUUUAUUACAUGGGUCACAUUGCAUCAGAAAGCCAAAGUAUACUUCGGUUUUCCGCGUGCCGCUACGUCUCACACACAGCGCGCAAUGCAAAUUUAAUUAUUUAUUUUUUUCCGCUAGUUUUUCUAGACGGACGGACAGUUCGCAUCUUUGUGCGUCACCUCCACAUGCAGUUGUAGUGCACAUGUGUCUAUGGCUGUGUCUCGUUUGGAAGGCUACGUCCUCCGGAGGUCGCAUUUGUCGGCCGCGUAUGUCAUCGAGGCUGUCUCAUUUCAGAAAAGCGAGUAGGACACUUCGAAUGCAGCCUUCGAAUGUGACCUUCUUUCACGGGAAUUCGGAGGAUGCAUGAGGUGUAUCCUUCGUGGGCACUCACAACCCACAAUUCUUUGCUUCAGCGGAAAUGUCUAAAAAAUAAUUACGCCAAUUUGCCCGUAAAUAUGAUGUUCAAAUGCAAGGAAUGUUAAUUCCCAAAUUGAAGUACCUCAGUAGAUGGGUGCAGAGUAUAUAAUAUGUAUAAUUAUAUUAAUAUAUAAUUAAAAUAAAGUAUUAGACUAAAAGUACACCUGUAAAAUCUAUUUUCUUUUCUCUUUACAUCAUUAUAACUCUCCUAAAAUGUACCUCAUACAUUCCCUUCUAAAGGGACUUUGUUCCCAUCUCACUCAAAGCACUCGCGUUUGUUAAAGAGUGGCGUGCUGUCAUAGCAACCACGUUACGUUACGUUUCCGUUUGUCCUACGAAGGCUGUCUCGUUUAAACGAGGCUUUUUUAAAGGAGGAUGCUUGGUAUACUGCAGCCUUCAAAGGACGCGUCCUACCAAGCAUGCAGCCUUACAAACAAGACACAGCCUAUCUCAUCGGUAUGGCCUCGCGGUCAAAAGAGGAUAUAUUAAAAAGCUAGAGCACUCAACUAUGCACGUCACGUAAUGGCAGGCGGAAAAAUUACAUAUACCCACACUUGUACGUUGUGUACGUGGCCUAAGAUCUCAUAACCUUGUAUUUCAGUUUAGCUAUAUAGACCAACUAGCAGACCCAUAGAUAAUAAACACAGACAACAACGAACGAAUUAAAAAAUAUAAUUAUUCAUUAUAAGGCCUUUUAAUUUUUUAAAGUAUGAUGGUGCCUGUGAAAAGAGUUUUGUUAUUUCACAAAUUUGUUUUAUUUGUGAAAGGUUUGAUACUGAAUGGAUUUAUUCCGUAUGAGUCCGACACAAAUUGUUGAUGUGCUGAACAAAUGUUUUUGUGUCGUAAAUGUAUUUUGAGGCAAACGUAAAUUUUUUUCAGCAGCUCACUGUCAAAAGUGUAUACUUUGAAAAGCUAGAGCACUCAACCAUGUGCAAAACGAAGUAUACUGUAGCCUUUAGAGGCAAUUCUCCAAGAGAUGUCAAUUGUCAAAAGAAAUUACUGAAAAUGCUUAAUUUGACACUUUCUGGCCUCAGAUCUUGACGUUUUUCUUUCAUUAGAAGGGUUUCAAUGUGUUAUCUGGAAUGUUAAUGGCUUUAUUUUGGCAGGAAGGAUAAUGACACAUUAAUUUGUUUAUUUAGCACUUAACAAGAUGGUAUUGUCAAACUGAGCCAAAAUUCUGCUCUGAGAGGCCAAACCUAUUCAAACCAGUCAUAUUUUUUCAUUUACAUGAUUUCUGUAACAUUUACACUACCAGGUAUUGGAGUUUCAGUGUAGGCUAGCAUUUACAUUUCAUUCACUAUCUGGCCCAAGUCAUCAAUUAAAAAAAUACGUAAAAUGAUAUUUGUCUACAAAACAAAUUUCAAGCAUUUUAGCUUAAGUCUUUAGAUGAAAAGGUUUUUAAGAUCACGAGAAACAAAUUCAGUCAAGUGUGUCUAAAAUUAUGACUGGUCGUGUACGUGACAUCUAUAUUUGACUGAGCGUCGUUUAAACAAAUUUUCAGUGAGUGUGUCCCUCUGAGCUGUUUUUUUUUUUUUUUUUUUUUCUAGAUCAGGGAAUUUCAUGGUCUUACUGGUCUGAGAGCAGUUCUUAGUGUUUUUGUAAUCACAACUGUUGAUUUCUGUCAACGCCCUUGUUUUGAUUGACAGCACGGCUUUAUGGUAACAGAUGGCUCGCGACGUUGGAUGUUAGGAUUUCUUCUCUUUGAACGCAGCUAGGGUGCGUUUGAGAGUUGGGCCGUGCUGCUUGGUGUGAAGCGUCUUGGCACGACCCUCUCUCUUCCCCUCCGCUUUAAUAAAAUCAGCAGGAGCUUCAUUUGAUCGUAAUUGCAUGCGUGUUGCUGAAUCCUGCUUUCAAAUGUACUCGUUUCUCAUGCUAUUUUAAAUUUUAAAGGGGUCUUUCACCUCAAAAAAUGAAAAUUCUGUCAUUAUAUACUCCCCCUCAUUUUGUUUGAAACAAGUAUGCUGUUAUUUUGUGUGUGGUGCACAAUAGGAGAAAUUUUCGAAUCGCAGCUCUUGCCAUACUAAAAAUAACAGUGCACAGGUUUGAAACUAAAUGAGGGUGAGUAAAUAAUGACAGAAUUUUAAUUUUUUGGGUGAACUACUCUUUUUAAAGCACAAGCAAAGAUGCAAGUCUCCGUAGUUCAGUGUAGAACGCUUCUUUAAGCCUUUCUGUAGCCAAAACGUGCCUUAAAGUGUUGAAAUGGUAUUGGUACGGUGGUAUCGAAGAUGCCGAUUUGGGAUUCAGGGGGUGGGGGGUAGUUGUUGGGCAUAUAGAGGUCAGAGGUCGUGGCGUAUGUAAAGUGUGGUGUUAACAGUAAGUACAGUAUUCAGAGAUGUGCUGUAGCCAGAAUAUGCCAAUAUAUUUGAACAUGCUGUAAGUAUAGAGCAAAAGCGCAGUUUUUAAUAAAGUGCAAAUCUUUUGGGUGUUUGUAGCGUGCGUAUGUGUAUGUAUGCUUUUUAGGAGUUUUACUGCAUUGGGAAAAUGCUUGAGCUGAAUAAAUGUGUGGAGAAUGUCAAAUUAUUCUGUUUAGACAGCUGCCAUUACAUUUGGUUUUUAUGCAGAAAGAAUUAUUAAAGGAAUAGUUCAUUCAAAAAUGAAAAUUCUCUCAUCAUUUACUCACCCUCAUGCCAUCCCAGAUGUGCAUGACUUAACUUUCUUCUGCUGAACACAAAUGAAGAUUUUUAGAAGAAUAUCUCAGCUCUGUAGGUCCAAACAAUGCAAGUAAAUGGCGGCCAGAACUGUGAAGCUACAAAACUCACAUAAAAGCAGCAUAAAAGUCAUCCAUAUGACUCCAGCGGUUAAGUCCAUGUCUUCAGAAGCAAUAUGACAGGUGUGGGUGAGAAACAGAUCAAUAUUUAAGUCCUUUUUUACUAUCAAUCUCCUCUUACACUUUCACAUUCUUCUUUUGUUUUUGGCGAUUCUAAUUAUUUGUGCAUAUCGCCACCUACUGGACAGAAAGGAGAAUUUAUAGUAAAAAAGUACUUAAGAAUUGAUCUGUUUCUUACCCACAGCUAUCACAUCACUUCUGAAGACAUGGUUUUAACAACUGGAGUCUUAUGGAUUACUUUUAUGUUGCCUUUAUGUGCUUUUUGGAGCUUAAACUUUUUGGUACCAAUUGACUUGCAUUGAAUGGACCUACAGCUGAAAUAUUCUUCUAAAAAUCUUUGCUUGUGUUCUGCAGAAGAAAGAAAGUCAUUCACAUCUGGGAUGACAUGAUGGUGAGUAAAUAAUGAGAGAAUUGAUCUUUUUGGGUGAACUGUCCCUUUAAUUAGCACAAAUGUUUUUAAUAUUGUACUGACCCAAAAUUGUGUUUUAAUGAUGUGUAUCAACAAAUAAUCUGUACACAAUCUUUUCUUACUGCUGUGCAGUUAAUAUUGUUAUUUUAUGUCCUAACGAAAUUAUGCCUUUGUAUUAAAAAAUGCAAAUCUGUCCACAUCUGUUCUCUUGUGCAUUACGCUCUGAGAAAACUCUGUUUAAUGUUGUUGAGCUCUUUCCUUUUACUUGUGAAUGUGUCGAGAGCAAAGCAUUCUGGGACUGCAGAUGGAGGACUGCAAGCGGUUUCAGACACGGCAGCUCUCGGAGGACUAAUCAUGCCGCCUGGUCCUUUUAUCAAUAAAUAUAAACCUUAAUUUCUCAA